CACACAAUAAAAUAAAAUCUCAAAAAGGAAAUAACUCUGUGACUGGGAGCUCGAGCCUUGAGGUUGAGGCGAACAUUUCUGCUUCUUUGAUAAGGAGAGAAGACUAUACUGAAGGAGAGACCGAAUAGAUCUUUCCGGCCAAUGGCUUCUGCUUCUGCUUCUGCUUCUAUGAUCAAUUCUCUGAUAUCCCCUCUCUGCAACUCCGGCGCCAAAUCAGAGGUCUUCUUCUUGAACUCUCCGGCCACUCCUAGAUGCCGGACGCUCGGACGCACUCCGUCUCUUAAUUCGAAGAAGAGCAACCUGUUUGGGACAGUCUCUUCCUCUUCUGCCUCUGUUGUUUGCAAGGCGGUAUCGGUUAAGCCUCAGACUGAGAUUGAAGGCCUCAACAUCGCCGAAGAUGUAACUCAGCUGAUAGGUAAGACACCCAUGGUCUACCUGAACAAUAUCGUCAAGGGAUCUGUGGCAAACAUUGCAGCUAAACUUGAAAUAAUGGAACCAUGUUGUAGUGUGAAGGACAGGAUAGGUUAUAGUAUGAUAUCUGAUGCUGAGCAGAAAGGACUUAUUUCACCAGGAAAGAGUAUUUUGGUUGAACCUACCAGUGGAAACACAGGGAUUGGUCUCGCAUUCAUUGCUGCUUCAAAAGGAUACAAACUAAUAUUGACAAUGCCAUCAUCAAUGAGUUUGGAGAGGAGAGUUCUUUUAAAAGCAUUUGGAGCUGAACUUGUUUUAACUGAUGCAGCAAAGGGCAUGAAGGGAGCAGUUCAGAAAGCUGAAGAGAUUUUAAAAAAGACACCUAAUUCUUACAUGCUUCAACAAUUUGACAAUCCCGCUAACCCUAAGGUACACUUUGAGACAACCGGUCCAGAGAUAUGGGAAGACAGUAAUGGCAAGGUGGAUAUUUUUGUUGCAGGAAUUGGAACAGGCGGAACAAUUUCUGGUGUUGGCCGAUUCUUGAAACAGAAAAAUCCAAAAAUCAAGGUUAUUGGUAUUGAACCUACGGAAAGUAACAUACUUUCUGGAGGAAAGCCUGGACCGCAUAAAAUUCAGGGAAUUGGAGCUGGUUUUGUACCCAAGAAUUUGGAUGAAGGGAUAAUUGAUGAAGUCAUACAGAUAUCUAGUGAUGAAGCUAUUGAGACAGCCAAACAAUUGGCAUUGCAGGAAGGCUUGCUGGUGGGCAUUUCUUCUGGAGCAGCAGCUGCAGCUGCAUUGCAGGUUGGAAAGAGACCUGAGAAUGCUGGAAAGCUUAUUGUG